AUUAGUUCUGUGUACAGUAAUAAACCAACAAAUGGAUCCCAACAUGAUAAGAGACAUAGUUCUAAAUACUCACGAGCCAGUUACUAUUAAAAAUUUCGAAAUUCCCUGGAACUGCUUCAGUGAAUCGUUUCCACAGUGGUUGAGCUUCCUAGAUAAAUCGACACCGAAUGAUGGUUUUGUAUUUGACACAAGUUCGCUACGAAACGGUGACCGUCCGCAGUGGGAGCGAAAGCGUGGAAAAAUUCGUAUGACGAUGGCUGAUUUCCAUCGGAACGCUAAUUCCACAGCCGGUCAUUUUAAAAUCAACUGGGCGUCGUAUAGUUAUCGUUGUAUAAGUGAGCUCCCAGAAAAAUGCCGGCGUGGGGUCGAUUUCAAGUCAUUUGGCUUUCCGGAUGCUACCGAGGAUAUCAGUUUCUGGAUUGGUUCGAAGGGGUCCCACACACCUUGCCAUUAUGAUACGUACGGUUGCAACAUCGUCGUACAAGUUUACGGCCGAAAGUCGUGGUUACUGUUUCCACCAGAUGCAAAAUUGAAGCAGACUCGAGUUCCUUACGAGGAAUCGAGCGUCUACUGCGAGGAAAACUUUUAUAGCCCAGAGAGAUACUCGGCGGUGAUUGAUGUAGAAAACGAUGCGUAUUGUGUAACUUUGGAACCUGGAAUGACGCUCAUAGUUCCUCCUAAAUGGUGGCACUUUGUUGAAAGCUUGGAAACAUCGUUGAAUUUCAACACAUGGAUACCACUGGAAAAAGACACAGAAGAGCAGAUUUCCGAAUGUCUAACGCGUCUCAUAGUACUGGAUUAUGCGAAAAAUUUGACGACAUGUAACCUUAAACAUAUCAUCAAUCCAAACGAGCUUACUAUGACCACUGAUCCUUCCUCAGGGGAAGAACUCCAGCUAACCCUCGAACACUUGCUGAAUCAACGAACGACUAACAAACGGCAGCGAACAACCCAAAAGCGAUAUCUAUCCGGAUACCUUCAACAGACUGAACUAUCACAUCUUCUAUCUAGAUACAAUAAUUUCAUCACAAUCGUCCCCAAGCUGACGAGUCACAAUUUUUUCCAUAUGAUGAAGCGCAAUAGUCUCCGUUACGAUUCCGCUUUGAACGGCACCAGUGACGACGAGGGCCAUAACAGGCGAAUCGCGAGUACCAUCAAUAGCGCAUGCAAUCCCACGCUGAUCAAGCUGGUGAAGGAUAUUCUCUAAUGAUGUUUCAAGUCACACAUCCAUGUUUCGAUUAAAUUUUCGUUUACUAAAAUGAUAAGUUGUACAAAAAACGCUAAAUUUUAAUGUAAUAGAUAGUUAAUGCUAAAAUGGUUUACAUGUUAUAGUCUCGUUUUCUUUUUGUUGAUAAGAAAGAGUAAGAUGAUACAUUAAAUUUCUGCUUGUGUAUAAUGAAUAAAAGCACAAAUUUUGGAUACAAACAGGAGAGUUCCAUAUAAACACCGAGGUUGGACCCACGGUUCCUUUGUAUAAAUAGAUCUGAUUGCUACUAACAAGCGUGUAUUGAUGUAUCAGUUCAGUUCACAACCCAGCCUGCAACUAGAUGAAAACCUGUUCCGAGGCCAGCACUUCGGUGAAAGGCUUGAC